AUCUGUUAUCAUCGCUCAUAUUCAUUCAUGACUUCAAUUAUAAACAUGGAGGGCUUAUUAAUUGAUCCACAGAUCGAUGAUUUUGCGAGUCCAUCGAGUAUUACAAUCCACGAUCUUCCUGAUGAUUGUCUAAUCAGGAUUUUUUCGUAUUUGGAAAUUCUUCAGAAGUUGGAGGCGGAGAAAGUAUGCAGACGUUGGUACAAAAUAAGCAAGAGAGGCUGGCGAGACGUGAAGACUCUCUGUCUGAAGGACAAAUACCCCGACUGCAACAUCAGACAAGCCACGAAGCUCCUUCGCAGGUCAGGACGUCUUCUCACGUCCCUCAGGAUCCCCGCCAAUUACGAGAGAUCGGUUUACUUGAGAGUCCUCCAGAAAUACUGCCCCCAGAUCAGGAAACUUGAACUCGUCUUCGAUUACUGGGCCUUUCGCCCUGUCCUGGAGUGCCAUGCCAAGAGCUUAGCUGCGCUGUUUUCAACUCUCGAGAAACUUAAUUGGCUUGUUAUGGAGCAGAUCAAUGGGGAGGUGGGAAACAAGCAGCUGAGGGCUCUUCCGGGGGGCCUCCAGAGCCUCGAGAUGGCUGGGAGCCUGGGGUACAGCAUCAAUGUCCUCUUUUCUGCUGAUCUUUCAAAGUUUCAAAAUCUUCAGCUGCUGUCCCUGGAAUAUUUUAUCAUCCAGGAAGUGAGUUUUCGAAGCCUUGAGCAGCUGAAGCACCUGAAGGAGCUGAACCUAUCGUUCUCUUAUGUCCCUGAGGCGAGCAUUAAGAAGAUCCAGAAUUUCGAGAAACUUGAGAGACUGGAGCUGAGGCAGAGAAAAAUUGAGGGGUUAGAUCCGAAGAUAAUUCGGGAUCAUCAUAUCUGUGAUAUUGUCGAGGGCUGUAAGAAGCUGAAGGUCUUGAAAUUGGAUGGAUUGGAAAGGCUCACAGAUCAUUCCUUUAGAGCCAUAUCGACCCUGAGGCACCUGGAGACCCUCCACAUGGAGAGGAUGCCGAAGGUGACGAACAGGGCCAUUGUCAGCUUGCACCAAGUCCAGAACUUGAACUGCAGCCACUGCUCUGGGAUCGACAAUCAGGGGCUGAAGCAGUUGAUCGAAAGUUCCCAAAAUCUGGUGGAUCUGAAGGUUCAGGGAACUGCAGACAUGAGGACAUUCCUCCACGAUGUCAGUGAAGCCGUUAAAAAUCGUAAGUCAGUACUGACGAUUGAUGUUGGGGAUAAAGAAAAGCCCUUGGUGAGGCCUGAGAAUUUCCCAAUUUCUGUUGUCUUGAUUUAGAGUUUUUAAUUGAUUAGGAGGAUAAUUAGACGAGAAUUGCUUCAUUCAAACAUCGAAAAUGAUUAAUUUGUGGGAAAUAUGAGAGUAAAUAUCGGUAAAUAUUGACGUUUAUUUUCUUUAGUUUUGCGAGUGAAAACAUUUUAUGUUCAUCGUUUGAUUAAUUCGUUUAUUUUUAUAAAUUAUGUAUGAUUUAUUGUGAAGAUUGUUAUCAGGUUUUUGUUGAAGUAAUUUGUGUCUAGUAUUGACGAUUGAAAGGCAUUUUUCUCUUUUUAUGAAGGAAUUUAGGAUGAGAAUCAGGUGAAAAAUGGUUCUAUUCAAGAUAAAAUACAAUUAAUUUGAUAAAGACUAAUGAUCUAAUUUUCGUAAUGAAAAUGUUUUUUUGUCAUCAUCAAAUCAUUUAAUUCGUGUUGAAUGACCCAAUAUUGAUUUAUAAAACGUAUUUUUCAUUGUUAUAAUGAAUUUAAAACUGAAUUAAAAAAUUAAUUUCGAAUUUAAGAUAAUUAAUUCACAAAAUCAUUCCUUUUCAUAUUGAAAUCCAUUAUUCACUGAACGAGGAGUAAAAUAAUUUGUUCUCUGAAUUAUCUCAAAUCAUUCAAGUUCACUUAAAAAAUAUGAUGAAUUUUAUCUACUGACUACUUCCACAAUGUAAUAAAACAAAGAAUUCUUGAAAUUUGUUUUAAGUCAUCAUCAAGUCAUUUAAUUCGUGUGGAACGACCCAAUAUUAAUUUUUGAAACGCAUUUUUCAUUUACGUAAUUAAUUUCAACCAAAAUUAAAAGGAAAUUGCAUUAAUUUCGAAUUUAAGAUAAUUAAUUCAUAAAAUCAUUCCUCAUCUUCACAUUGAAUCCGUAAAAUAAAGAAUUCUUGAAAUUUGUUUCAAGUCAUCAAGUCAUUUAAUUGGUCUUGAAUGACCCGUAAUUAAUUUAAAACACGAAUAAGUAUGAAAUGGCUUCAAUUUCGAAUCGAAGAUAAUUAAUUCAGGGAAUCAUUCCUCAUUUUCAUAUUGAAAUCAAUCAUUCAAUGAUUACCUACUGGAAGGAGAGCAAAAUAAAUUGUUCUCUGAAUUAUUAGGUUGAAUGUGCAAUAUUCCCACCUAAAAUUUUAAUUUAAACCACACAUUAUGAUAAAAAAGUAUUGAAACUUAUGUCAAAUCAUUUAAGUGUCGAAUGAUCCGAUAUUCAUUCUUGAGACGCAUUUUUCGUUUUCAUAAUUAAUUUCAACCAAAAAUGAACAGGAAAUUGCAUUAAUUUCGAAUUUAAGAUAAUUAAUUCAUAAAAUCAUUCCUUUUCAUAUUGAAAUCCAUUAUUCACUGAACGAGGAGUAAAAUAAUUUGUUCUCUGAAUUAUCUCAAAUCACUCAAGUUCACUUAAAAAAUAUGAUGAAUUUUAUCUACUGACUACUUCCACAAUGUAAUAAAACAAAGAAUUCUUGAAAUUUGUUUUAAGUCAUCAUCAAGUCAUUUAAUUCGUGUGGAACGACCCAAUAUUAAUUUUUGAAACGCAUUUUUCAUUUGCGUAAUUAAU